AUGUCUCCACCUGCCAGCAAUAAGUCAUCUCAGCUAUUGCGCGACCUGAUAUCCUUGCACCGACUGUAUCAGAUUAAUAGAGUCCUUAAUGCUCGAGGGGUUAUGCUUGACCUUGUAUUCAGCAGUGAUGAGAAGUGUGUCGUCUCUCCUGCCUCUGAUCCUGUCUUGCCUUCUGAAGCUGCUCAUCCUCCUCUUCACAUCGAGGUACCCGUACAAACCUGUGGGUCGGUGUCCAAUGUCGCAAAGAAUUAUAACUUUAUGCGAUGCAACACUCAGGAAGUUUACAACGAGCUUAGUCUUUGCUGUGGUGAGGUGUUUUAUCAUAUACCUGAUAGUCAUGAUUUUUUUGAUAAGUUUCAAAAGACCAUUCAUUAUAUUGUUCUGAAGCAUACUCCGUUGAAGAGAGGCGGUGUGUGUAGAUUUCCAUCAUGGUUUCCUCCUGAGUUGAGGAGUGCUGUCGAGUGCAAAGAGAUCUUGCACAGAAAAUACAAGGCUACUGGUAACUAUGGGCAUUAUUUAGAAUUCCAGAGGGCCCGACACCAUUGUAAGAAGCUGAGUGACCUUUGCCAUGCAACGUACAUGGAGCGAGUUAACAACUUUAUUCCCCUAAAUAUCAAGGCUUUCUGGAGUUUUGUCAGGAACUUGAAAUCUGAGUCUACCAGAGCAAAUGAAUAUUUCUCGGAUGAUCAACGUGAAUCUAGUCCUGAGGGUAUAUGUAACCUAUUUGCUGAUUAUUUUGCAUCCGUAUAUAGACCUUCGGUUGACCUCAUCCCUCAGUUUGACUUCUCCACCCAGAUCAAUAUGUCGUCUUGUUCGUUUAGGGUUGAGGAUGUGGAGAGAAAACUUUCAUCAUUGGACACUUCCAAGGGAACUGGGCCUGACUUGAUUCCUCCAUCCGUCUUGCGCUUCUGUGCUCCUAUUAUUGCGCCUCAACUUACAGUUAUCUUCAAUAGAUUACUUGAGGAUGCGCCGCAGCAACAUGGCUUUGUCCGGGGUAGGUCGACAGUUAGCAACUUGGUUGUUUAUGUGGAUUACAUUUUGUCUGCCUUCUCGAGUGGCGUCCAGGUCGAUAGUGUUUAUAUUGAUUUUAGCAAAGCUUUUGAUGCUAUCAGUCAUGGGCACCUUCUGACCAAACUUCAUGGUUAUGGUAUAUGUGGCAGCCUACUUUCUUGGUUUCACUCCUACUUAAAUGAUAGAACUUUCCUAGUUAGUUUCGCUGGCGCCCUGUCAAGACCUUUCACCGCCACUUCUGGUGUCCCUCAGGGGUCACGCCUGGGCCCCUUUCUCUUCAAUCUCAAUAUUAAUGACUUGGUCAAGUCAUUAAAUGUUGACUGCCUAAUGUUUGCGGAUGAUGUCAAGGUCUUCCCUGCUGUUAGGGACCCUUCUGACACUGAGAGACUGCAGAUGAACCUAUGCUUAAUUGAGAACUGGUGCAUCACUAACGCUAUGAGCAUAAAUGCCGCCAAAUGUUCACUGGUUUCUUUCACUCGCUCUGUCCAACCUCUUGUGGUAUCUGACUACGUGCUCAAUGGAACUGUACUAUCUCGCAGUACAAUCGUCCGUGAUCUGGGUGUCGUCUUCUCUGCAGAUCUUAGCCCUGAUAAGCAUAUUGACUUCAUCUGCGGCAAAGCCCUACGAAUGCUCAACUUCAUACUAAGAGCUUCAAGGAGUGGUCUUGGCAUUGUGGCGUUGAAUAUCCUAUAUAAGUCCUUGGUAAUGAGUAUACUUGAAUACUGUUCUGUUGUCUGGUCUCCUUAUCAACACAAUCACAUUGAACGUCUGGACAGGAUCCAGCGACGCUUCGUCCGAGCUGUCGGUGUUAGGCUGGGUCACAACUAUUUUGAUGUACCCAUUGAUCUAGUUGAGGCCUCUCUUGGACUUCUCCCUCUGUCUACCAGAAGGCAACAAGCUGAUGCUCUUUUCCUAUGGGGAGUUCUUCGUGGCACGGUCGAUUGUUCUGACCUACUCUGUCGCAUUGAUCUACGAGCUUCAAGAUUGACCCGCUCAUGUAACCUGUUUUUUGGUCGGUCGCACCCCACCAACUACAUCAUGCACGGUCCUCUUCCACGUUUACAUCGACUGGGCAACCAGCUGUGUCGCCAGUUCGACUUCUUUGAUGACAGCCAAUCUGUGAUCAGAGGAAUCUUCCAGAGUCGGGUUCCCCGGUGA